AGGACUAGGACUGCCAAGGGCUGUUGGUGGCAUAGGCUGAACUUAAUUGUAUAGGUAGUUAUUGAUCUUAUUUUGUUAAGUUAAUUAACGAGUAGAAUACUUUUUUUAUGGCAUAAGCCGGUAAACGAGCACACGGAUCACCUGAUGGUAAGCAAUCGGCGUCGCCCAUGGACACCUUGAAUACCAGAGGCGUUACAAGUGCGUUACCGGCUUUUUGGGGAUUAGGAGUUUGAGGAUCUUUGGGGAUUCAGGGAUUGGGGAGAUUGGGGAAGGGGAGGGUAAUUGGGCCUCCGGUAACCUCACUCACACGACGAAACACAACGCAAACGUUGCUUCACGUCGGUUUACUGUGAGGCCGUGGUAUCACUUCGGUCGAGCCGGCCCAUUCGUGCCGAAGCAUGGCUCUCCCACACUUAAAUACUGACUGUUUCUAU